AUUUCCCCUUUACCGCAUACGAUUGCUAGCUUUCCUGAACCUAGUAUUCCCAUUGAAUACUAUCGUUUAUUGAUGAAUCCAGAAGCAAUGGCGGAGCCAUAUAAUAUUCGGUGGGGGUUUAUGGCGACGGGAGGAAUUGCCAGAUCGUUCGCACGGGACAUGCUCAUCGACCCCUCCCUCCGCAACGCCUCCGACAUCUCCCACACAAUCGCCGCCGUCGCAUCCUCCACCUCGCGCGAGCGGGCGCAGAGAUUCAUCACCGACAACGCCAUCCCGCAACCAUGCACCGCCCACGGCUCCUACGAGGCGCUCGUCAACGACCCAAACGUCGACAUCGUUUACAUCGCCACCCCGCACUCGCAUCAUUUCCAGAACGCCAUGCUGGCGCUGAAUGCGGGGAAGCAUGUGCUCUGUGAGAAGGCGCUGACGGUCAAUGCGGCGCAGGCGCGGAUUCUGGUUGAGACGGCGCGCCGGCGCGAGCUGUUUUUCAUGGAGGCGGUAUGGACAAGGUUCUUCCCGCUGUCCGUGCAAAUUCGCGAGCUGGUUGCCAAGGGCGAGAUUGGGGAGGUUUUGAGGGUUAUUGCCGAUACGAGCUGUGGGAGCACAGACCCGGAGGGGGAGUGGGGGACGGCGCAUCGGAUGGUUAAUAUGGAUUUGGCCGGCGGGGUUUUGCUGGAUGUGGGCGUCUACUCCCUAACAUGGGUCUUCCAAACCCUCUACCACACCCGGCCCCUCGCCGACCGCAAACCACCCUCCUCCAUCAGCUCCCAGAUGAUCCACUACCCCGCGACAGGGGCCGAUGAAUGCAGCACCAUCCUGCUCGAAUUCCCGCAAUCGACGCCCGCCGGCACGCAUAAAGCUCAGGGUAUCGCAAUGACAAACUUCCGCCUUAUCUCUAAUCUGGACGGGAAAUGGACUGCGGGGCCCACGGUGCGCAUCCAGGGCACGCGGGGCGAGAUUCAGGUCUUCGGGUACCCAUUCCAUCCGGAGAGUUUUAAGGUGAUUUCCCUUACGGGUCCUGGGGAAGCUGGUGACGCACGAGAGGUUAGGGAGGUCGUGGGUGAGUUUCCGGGGGAAGGAAAAGGGAUGUAUUGGGAGGCUGAUGAGGCUGCGAGGUGUGUGAGAGAUGGGAAGUUGGAGAGUGAAACGAUGUCGUGGGAGGAAAGCUUGGUGAUCAUGGAUGUCAUGGAUGAGGCGAGGAGGCAGGGUGGGUUGAAGUAUCCGGAUGAGAUUGAGUCGACGGAGUAUCCGGUCACGCUCGGGGGGAAGAAGGGGGUUGCUUAGAUUGUGAGAAUGAAUAAUUGUAUAAAGGAAUCGUUGGUUGGAUGAUUGCUUUCUGAGAUGGCCGGAAUCGGUUAGCUAGUGAUAGUUUUCAUCUGCAAAACGGAGCACCAGAUGCCCUCAGCAAUCUACAAAUGAUAUAAACC